AUGAUUUCUGUGCUCAGCGCCACCAGCGGCGAGCAGCUCGCCGCCUUGGACGCCGAGGACGUGGCUCAGCUGCUGGCGUCCAAGGACAACACGCUGCGGGCGCUGAAGCAGUUCCUAGCGAAGCAGCUGGGACACUCGAGAUUUCAACAAAGGAUUUUUGCGGACGAACAUGUUUGCCAAGAGCUGCAAGACGAUGAGAUCUUGACUCCUCCGGUGAAGCUACGUUUGUUGCUGGUGAAUUUUCCGGAAGAUCCGUUGCAAAGCCAUGAAUUUCUGGUCGCCUGUGGUGAGAAUCGCCUGGAUGAAGUGGAACAUUUGCUUCUGAGACCUCAAGAUCCCAAUGUCGUGGAUGGCGAGGGCAAAGGGGCACUUCACAUCGCUGCGAGCAAUGGGUAUGUUCAAUGCUUGCGACUACUACUGGAAGCCAAGGCCAAUUCAAACUCGACAACUGACAGUGGCGCCACUGCCUUACACUUUGCAGCAGAACACGGGCACCAGGUGGUGCUGCGGCUGCUGCUCAAGGAUGGGGUCAUCAAAGAUGCGGUCAUGGAAAAUGGAUCGACUCCUCUGCAUUUGGCAGCUUUUCAUGGUCAAACUGAAGUGGUGCAUUUGUUGCUUCAAGCUGGUGCGGAGAAAGACAGGAUACGAACAGACAACGGCAUGACUCCCCUGCACCUCGCGGUCAUCGAGGGUCGCAAUGAUGUGAUACGACUCCUCCUUGAGUCUGGUGCCGAAAAAGACAAGGUCACCGAGGACGGCAGCGCCCCGGUGCACCUGGCGGCGCACUUCGGGCACCGCACGGCGCUCUUCGGGCACCGCACGGCGCUGUGGCAGCUGCUGCUGGCGCGCUGCGCCGCGGACCUGGCGCGCCGCGACGGCGUCACGGCGCUGCAUCUGGCGGCGGAGGCGGGGCACCUGGAGAUGGUGAAGAUGCUGCUGGAGGCCAAAGUACAAAGAGACAAGGCCAUCAACAAGGACGGCAUGACCGCCUUGCACCUGGCUGCACGGCGCGGGCAGACGGAGGUGGUGCGGCUGCUGCUGACCGCAGGGAGCGACAAAGAUCCCAAGACCAAGGACUGUGGCGCAACGCCUCUGCACCUGGCAGCCAUGAAAGGAAACAUGGAAAUCGUACGGCUAUUGCUGGACGGGGGUGCACAGAUCGACCAAAGAAGAACAGACCAUGGCACAACUCCUUUGCACAUGGCAGCCUUUGCUGGUCAUUUGGAGGUUGUUCGCCUCCUGUUGUCGUCCCGCGCCGACCCCACGCAGCAAAUGACGGACCAACGUCACGCGACGCCCUUGGACCUGGCCUGGCGCAACGAACACGUCGAGGUCGUGCGGCUGCUGGAGAUGGAGGCCACGAAGGUCGCGCAGGUCACGACGAUCCACUUGAUCUCCUUCCAUAGCUUCGCUCGCCCGGAGUUCAUCAACGGCACAGUGGAGCGGAAGGCGCAACUGCUGCAAGCCUUAGAGGCUUUGGAGCCGAAGACCAACCUCUCGAUUCGUCCAAUUGAUGGAAGCGAUCCUAUUCCACAGGACAUGGGUAACAUCAGCGAAGGCUUAUGGAUUGCACAGAGACUCCUGGUGUCGCCCAUCGCUUCCACAGAGAAAGCCACCAGGCGUGCCAUGCUCUUCAGCGAUGGGCAGCUACGCGGUGGUAUGGCGAGAUACAAUGCUGCGGUGGACGCUUUUGAACGCUGCAAAGUGGCUGGUGUGCCCAGUACCGUGGUCGCUGUGGGCCAAAGCGGCGGUUUUCUACGCGAGGCAGCAAAGGCGGCGCAGGGUGACUUCAUCCACCUUCACGGUCCCGAAGGCUUUCAGCAGGUGGUGGCUGCCGCCUCGGCUUCGCACUUUCCUUUGUUCGCCACCGACGCGACGCUGCGACUGGCGACGGCCUUCGGAGCACGCCUGGUGGAGACCUACAGCCACAGGCGUCGGCGGGGGCACCAGCGCCCCUGGACCGAAGACUUCGUCCUGGGCGCCGCUUCCACCGACGACGAGCUGCCUCUGGGCGCACUGCGCCAGGGCCGCACCGAGCGGAAACUCAUCGUAUUGGACCUGCCGGUGUACAACAGAGGAUUUGAGCUGUUGAAGUACGAGCUCUUGUACCAACAGCUCGACGGCACCAGUGUGUCGCAGUGGGAGCAGUUCACUCAGCACGUGGCGCUUCCUGAGACCUCUCCGGCCGUUGAGCCGGCGGCGGAUCUGCUGUUUCGCUUGGAUCGCUUGCUGUCCGAGCGGGAAAACCUUCGCCUGGACGAAGAAGCCGCUGAGGCACAAAGUUUGCCAGUCCCCAUACACAAAGGUGACGCCAGCCGCUGGAGCCGUUUGUCCGAGCGCUGGCGGUCCCUACGCACCAGGUUGGAAUCCUUAGCGACUGAAGCAGCAGCAAGUCAGAAGCAACUGCCCAGUUUGGGCGACUUCGGCAUCUUGGAGCAGAUCUGGAUGGUUCUCGAGACCACCAAAUUGGCCGGCCGUGGCCAUGCGGCGAGCGACUGGAGUCGUGCGACAGCGGACCCCUUUGGUGUUUGCGAGGGCUCACCACCUGAGCGCGAACUGGCCUCUGGAAGUCCUGCAGGACUUUCUUUGCCCAACAGCCGGUGA